GCCUUGCUGCUUGUUGUGUUUCAGUUUCACCAAACUAACGAUUCUUAGCCUCAGUAAGUUCAAAGUAUUGCCGGAUUAUUCAAAUAGUUUUUUUUCCCAACGCGCUAGUGGUAUAGUUUUUUAAAUAAAAGUUAACAAAUUCAAUUCACCGUUUGUGCUUGAGCCAUGAUCUCCACGAAGCGUUUGUUUCUCAUUUUGCUCCUAACUUGCGUGGUUUUCAUCGCAGUUUCAACGGCACAUCCUUCUGUUGGCACGUGUUUUCGCAAUUGCUCGCAGUGCAAAAAGUUCCUGGGGAUAUACUUUGACGUGCAGCUUUGCGACGAAUUUUGCGUCAAAUUCAAGGGAAAAAUGACACCCGACGUCGAAGACGCCGACAGUUUGGCUCCCUUCAUUACGAAUUUAAACGAAGUUCAGUAGCUUAUAGACCAAAUAAGUGCAGAUUUAGUUAAUUAUAGGAUUAUGUUGCGCGUGUUUUUUUUAAAAUCUUUUUUCAAAAGCGCUUGACAAAUGUUUGUUGAGAAACAUGGAUGUACUAAUGAUAGUCAUAAACGAUUUA